UCAUUGUGAAGUCUCGUAACCCGGAAGUAGUUAUACGGAGCCUUGAACGCCUCUUUACCGGCUCUCACCUUCAACUCGGAGUAUGUGGUCCUUUUUCCGUUAGCGUGGACGCGUACACGUUCGUGUGAGCACUGUGCGACCCCCCCUGUCUUUACAUGUGACACAUCAUAUCAGCUGCAGCCUCAUCAUGAACACAAAAUCCUGUGUGUUUCUGCUCCAGCUCUCCAGAACGGGGCUCAAAGCCCCUCGGCACGGUGCCGGGGCCUUGAGUUCAGCGACGGUGGCCUCCACUUACCUCCCACGCAUCCCCCACAGCCACUCGUACUCCAGCAGCAUCAAGGUGCGCCCCUAUCUUCAGUACAUAAAACGCAAGAUCAUAUCCCCUCCCAGUCCUCCGUACAGCCACGUGUGCCAGGUGGGGGACCCGGUGCUGCGUUUGCACGCGGAUGUUGUGGACCCCUCACUGAUAACCGGCCCUGAGGUCCAGCGGGUCAUCAGCACUGUGGUGAAAGUGAUGAGGAAACUGGAGUGCGUGGGACUCAGCGCGCCUCAGAUUGGGGUGCCGCUCCGCAUCUUGGCCCUGGAAUAUCCCGAGAAGAUGCUGCAGGAGAGCUUGCCCGCAUCCAGGGAGGUCCUCGGCCUCUCCGUCCAGCCGCUGAGGGUCUUUGUCAACCCCCACCUGAGGGUCCUCGAUAAACGGACGGCGCUCUUCCAGGAGGCCUGCGAGAGCAUCUCAGGCUUCUCUGCCGCAGUUCCACGCUACCUGUCGGUGGAAGUGUCUGGUCUGAACGAGAAGGGGGAAGCUGUCACGUGGCGGGCCAGUGGCUGGCCAGCUCGGAUCCUCCAGCAUGAGAUGGACCACCUGGACGGGGUCCUCUAUGUCGACCGCAUGGACAGCAAGACCUUCAUCAACAUCAGCUGGCCAGAACACAAUGAAUAGAGGGACCCUCAGGUCAGACCCCAAGCAUUUACAUAAGAAAAAACAGACAACUUCACACCAUCUCCCGCGUUGAUGACAGCUUGUACGUUUGCUUCAUCUUCCAUGUGAACAAUCUUGCAGCUACAUUUUGGGUUUCUGGUUGGAACAAGUCGGACUGCUUCAACUGUAAAUCCAUCCGUCUGAUGAAUAAAGGGGCCGAUAUGUUCGUGACGGAGUGAGUGAAUCCUAAAUGUCUGCCCCCAUCCCAAUGAGUGAAUAUGACUGUGACCCUACUCAGGGGCAAUGGGCCAUUUCACCUCAAUGGCUUCCUGUUGGUCAACUCUUGUAGUGUCGCUCCACUGGUUUUGCAUGAGAAUGGGGCAAAUCCACACGAUCCAGUUUGGACUGAUGUACUCGGGACGCGUCUGGGACAUGAGUGGGCACGACUCGGGACAAACACAGGUGCUUCCUUUUUCUUUUCAGAGAUCUCUCUGGGACUUUUAAAUCUUUGCUGCAUUAUAUUGCCAACGCAAGUAAAUAAACUGGAGGAUGACACGUUCUGAAACGGUUACUGCAUUUCAAUCUCCAAUCUACAUGUCCGUCACCAACUUUUGUUUGUUAUUAAAAUGUUAUUAUGGCGUUAUGUCCGUUUGGUCAGCACGGUAUUUCCCCAAACACUAAAUGCCUCAUGAAAUCAAAGUGAGGGGGCAGUUUGCCUUUGGGCCAAAUGGCAUCAGAUUAGAUUUCAUCGCUCCAAUGAAAAGCUUGGACGUGUUGGUGAUCAAGAAAGAAAUUAUCGACAUGUUAAUAACAAUAAUCGCCAGUCUGGUUCAUUUUCACUGCAAGUAAAUACUAAAAGGAAGAUAGAGCCAAAUACUUUAUACUUUUGGAAUGGAUUUCAUUCCAAAAGUAUUUAGGUUUUACUACAAUUUUUUUACUACUUUUGUAGAUUUAUCUUAAAUUCACAAAAAAUGAUAUUAGAUAAUGCCUCAUUUGCAUAUUUAAACAUUUCAGACAAAGCGGUAAACAACAUUGUUUUCUUGUUAGUAACAAACUAGUUAAUCAUUUUUUACCCCAUUCACCCGCAGUGUCUUCAAAAUGUUUGUAAUUUAACAAAACAUCUCUUUCCAGGCAGAUUUCUAAAAAUUAGCUUUUUUCUCAGACUGAUCCAGAAAUCUCCACUUCAGCAGCUCUUACAGCCACCAAACUUUACUCUCAUUCCUAAAUAUAUUCUGAAGGUUUCUACAGAGAGGUUUGUUCAUAUAUCAUUCAUAGUCGGAGUUAUACAACUUUUUAUUUAUAAAAACAUGGCAAAAAUGGUUGUCAUAUUCAAACAUACAAUUUGAGAAGACUUACAAAACAAAUUGUCUAAAUGCAAAUAAUUAACUGGGGAAGUUUCAUGGUGAUAUCUACAUGUUUUACCCUCGUCAUCUGGGUCGUCUCCCCUUAAUGUUAAGAGCUGGAUUAGUGUCAAUAAUACAUUAAAUGGUUUUCUCCGAGUUGUACAUUCUUAUACAGUAACUUCACCGUCAAAGAAUUAUAAAACACAUUUAAACACA